GACAUUAGGAUAUCCGGGGUUGGGAAUGAUCGGGACUAUAAGACCCGCCCAUGAACAGCCGGAGGUGGCGGAAUGGAGACCCUUUCCAGGGGAAAUGGAAUCUGGGGGACCCACCUUCGUCACUAGGGAAAUAGAUGUUCUGAACGUCAUCCGCGCUCUGGAUCACCGCAUUCCCCUCCCGAUCGGACAUCUGUUGUUCAUUUCGGAACAGGCUAACGAGCCCAUGUUGCAACACUGCAAGGCAAACAGAAAACGAUUCGCUCUUGCGAGAACGGCGAACACGAAAGGAAAAGCCCCCGCCCACGAGGACAACCCGAACCAUGCCAGUACAUCGGAACCUAUACGAUUGGGACUAAUACAGAAAGAUUAUCACUUCUUGUGGAUCAAAGCAAUCCCGUGGAAAUCCGCCGAAUGUGACAUCGAGGUCUGGGGAAUUCCGUACAAUGCCAUCAUCGACUCGGGAGCCGCUGUCUUGGCUACCUUGCUAAGGGUAGUAGAAAGAGCGGGAAGAAGAAAAUAUCUGAUCAUGCUGACAGAGAAGGAUCAUCUCGUCUCCGCGGAUGAAGAAAAAAUCAAGACAGUGAGACGAAUGACCAACGUGGCGUUUCGAUUGGGAAAGUCCGCUCACGCCCCCACCCUCUCUUUCCGCAUCAAGCAGCUCAACGUGCCAAUCCUGAACGAAGACAAGUGGAAUGAUUGGUGGGACGCUUACCUGGAGCUUAGCUUUUGCCUGGUGGAGGUGAUCUUUCAUUGGUUUGAGCCAGCGCCCGAAGGAGAAGGGUCUGAAGUCCCGAAUGAUGAGGUGGAGCUGCUGAUCGUGCAGGCUUGGCGCACGGAAACAGAGGGAGAGCUGCUGGGCAUAGUAUUUGGCAAGGUGGAGGAAGGGAAUCUCGCCCUCAUCACGAGUGAGCUAUUGGUGUUCUUGGCGCAGCUAGUGGAUGGUCUACCCCUUGAUAUCCUAUCACGGUGCGACAGCAAGCCCGACCCCGACGUACUCCCCCGUACGCUUGCGCCUUAUCUGUUGUGGUCCGCGUGCACGGAGCUGGACGCGGACAACUGUCUUUAUCCGUCCCAGGACCUCUACCUGGAAAUCGACGUCACCGAUCUCGUGCUGUGGGACCCCGUCGUCCGGCGAGUGAACGCGCGGGUCACCGACGACGACGACGACGACGACGACGAAGAAGAAGAAGAAGAAGAGGAAGAAUUGGACACGGAUCCAGAUGAUCCCGACUACGUCGGGAAAGAGGAGACCGAGGGAGAAGUAGAGAGACAAGAAGAUGAAGAAGAACCGACGGAGGAAGAGAGCGGGCCAGAGGAACCAAGCAAUCGGCCCAGGCGAAGUAAAGAAGAAGAAUAGGCCGAGGCCCAGAGGCGACGAGAAAAGGUGGAAGGCAAGCGAUCGAUCGAGGAAGGGCCCCCGCCGGAGCUGUUGUUGGGAGACCCGUCGCUCAACCCGGA